AUGGAAGCAGCUAAUGUUUCAUUGGUUGCGAAGCCAGAGAUCACUCACGGUGCGCUCAACAAAAUUGCGCAAGCAAAAAAACAGUUCACCAAAGCAAAGGAAGCCGUUUUGGAAGUGGACAAAGAGUGGAAAUUCUUUGCCGAGACCCUGAAGACGGCAUACGAUCGAGAAAGAGCAGCAUAUGUAGAACAGAGAGCAUCAGCAAUGGAGAGCCUUUCAACAAGAAAAGAAAAGCUCAAAGAAUUGCAGGAUGCUAUGAGGCAAUCAGCAAUGGCCCAAAGCUUGAUGGAAGGAGAAGAUGUUCCACAAGAGGGUAUCAUGGAAGAUGGGUACACCAUCCCUCCGGAUCCGGUGGAGCCGAUUUCGGACGAGGAACUACUAGACGAUUCCAUGGUGAAGGGCCGAUUGCCAAGUCCAAAGCCCUUUUCACGAGGAGCUUCGGCAUCAGCUGGCAAAAGGAACGAAGGGCAAGCAGGGAACUUGUCAAAGAAGCCAAAAUUCGAUCACUCUGGGCAAGAUGGAGAGGGCAAGUAG